CUCACAAAUAUCUUGUGUUUCACAAUAUGGCGAUUCAAAGCAGUUGGUGAAGAACAAGCAUAUACACUAGUUGGAUACUAAAGUUAACGACUAAAGUACCUGCAUGAUGGACGUUCUUGACGUGUUACCCUCGAAUUUCGGCCUUGUGAUCUUCACGUACCUGUACAGUUGGAUAAUGCUAUGUUAUCUUGGAGUUCAGGUUGGGUCUGCAAGGAAGAAAUAUGACGUGAAGUAUCCAGCAAUGUACAGUGACAAGGACCAGGUGUUUAACUGCAUUCAGAGAGCACAUCAAAAUACCCUGGAGGUGUAUCCUCAGUGGCUCGUCUUUCAGACAAUUGCAUCGUUGGUCUAUCCUGUUGCUGCCUCUGUGUUGGGUGCCAUCUGGGUGACCAGUAGGUUCUCAUAUGCCUGGGGCUACUACACUGGAGAUCCUGCAAAGAGGAUGCGUGGUGUUUAUGGCUACAUUGGAUACCUUGGAGUCAUCAUUCUUUCAAUUUCCGUUGCUUUGCAACUACUUAAAGUGUUCUGAUAAGUAAGGCAAAUAUUUGUUAUUGUCAUGGCGCACAGCUAGGUGAAAACAAUCAUGUUCCUCCAUUACAUAUUGCUGUAGAUUUGAUCUGUUUGUGAUGUGUUCUCUGAAAUUGAUCUGUCUGCAUAAUGCACUGCUUUUAGUAAAUUAUUCAAAAGGACCACUAUUGCUUUUUAUUACUUCUAGUAAUGACUUCAGAAGAUAAUUUUAGCUUUGUACAUCAUAAAUUGUAUUUGAUGAUGUAUUGCAUCAGUAACACUUAUCAAGGCAUGACUAUUUUGCAUAUCUUUGUCUUUUGACAACUGGAAACAUGUACAAUUAAACAUCAAUUAACAAAAACAUCUAUUUAGAAACAACUUCAUAUUAAAUAGUUUACUCAAUACCAGCCUUUGGGGUAGAAAGAGUAGUCUUUCUGCAAUGCUUUAGCUUUAUUCAGGUGAUCAUGUGACAUAACCCAGAAUGUCUUUAAAAGUUACUUGUUUGUUGGUUUUCUGUCAUAUGUCAUCAUGUAAUGUCUGAAAAUUAAAGUAUGCCAUUGAACUGUAACUUAGUUAUUUGAUAACAAAUGACAAACCUAUUCUAACUUCAUCCAAGGGCUUGUGUUUUAACAAUAAAGUAUUUUACAAUGUAUUGUCAA